AGCGCGCGCCCGGCCCUUCUCAGUCGCAACCUCGAGCUCGUCUGUGUCGUCCAGUGGAUCUUGGCCCGGACCGGCUUCGUUGCCGUGGCGUUUGGUCGACGACGACGUGUUCCGCUGGAGCCGACCGGCCCCUGGUCCCUCCCUGCCGGGGAAGUGAGUGACACGAGCGCGCCGGGCCGGGACGGGACGCGGGCCUGACUGCCAGCUAGCGACCAGGAUGCAGUGUUGACCGCAGUGGCGUUGGCGAGUGACAUUGUGACUGUGCUCUUGUGAGUCGAGUGCGCCCUGCACCCCGAGGACCAUGCAGUGGACAUCCGCGGUCGACAGUCAUCGCCACCUCUCAAACAUGUGGUGCGCAGCGGGUGCGCUGGUGGUGUUGGUGCUUUCGCAAGGCGUGUCCGUCGCUUCCGAGUGCACUCCCGGGGCCGGGCAUGGCCUGAAGUACCUCUGGGGUGACGCCAUGAACGACCCCCUGAACUGCAUCGGGCCCAGCGGCAACCCAUAUCCCUCUGCAGCGAUCGCGCGGUCUUGGGGUCGCGGCAACAGCGGGUCGUGGAGUGCGGGCCUGUGGGCGCAGGGUGUGUCCGCGCGCACGGGUAGGGCGUCCGCGGCGCCCACCACCCUGGACCCGCGCGUCACCCAGCAGGCGCUGCUGCGCCAGUACGAGAUCACCAACAAGCAGGCCGAGAUGGAGCACUCUGCCCGGACAGCGCGCAGCGGCUACUCGCAGAGGGACGCCUGCCCGACGACGGCACCCACCCGGCUGUGCAAGACGAGGUACAACACGACGGCGCCCAUGUACGGCGUGUCGCUCACCUCCGGUCAGCCCGUGACCAUCGUCCAGAAGUUCCCCGACUUGCUGCAGCAGGUGGUCUUCGAAGUGUGCGAAUCGAGUGAGUGCGACGUGGUGCGCGGCGAGUGCACGCAGACGUAUGUGCCGUACCUGUUCCUCGUCAUCCCGCUGGGACCCGUCACGCUGACUGGCCAGGACUACGUCCUCGUCGAGAGCGGCUGCGUCUGCCGGCCCAAAUCGUCAGCGUCAGCUGCCCCGGAGCCGUCGGCGCCGCCGCCUCCAGGGCCCUGAAGAGGAGUCGCCGCUGUCGACAUCGUCAUGCAAGCCCUGCGGGAUUUGAGUUUUUCUCGUAUCUUUCAAGAACCGUUGGCGCGCAAAGAGACUGAUCUGUAACAUACGUGCUAAUAUGCCUAGAAAAGGAUGCGAAGAGAGGUUAAACGUGGCACUGCCGGUACUCGUAUCGACGAGCGGGGUCGUGUCGCGCCCGCGCCGUGACGAGUAAGCGAUCAUACCGUUAGCUUCGAUACUCGUACCCCCUUUCUUCGCGUUGUUUUUUGCUCUAUGGCCCACUGAGGAGAGGUGUUCCAGGAGGCGUCCCACAACGGUAUGCGAGACGUGCGGCAUGUCUGGUCGAGCAAAUUGUGUACCAUUCCCCGCUAAAAGGUCGAGCUGCGUCGAGCUGAAAACAAGGCGUCUUAUUUCGAGGCGCUGCUCCGCUCUGCCCAGUCUCACGUGACGCUGGGCUGGGCAGAGUGGCGGAACUGUCUCACGAAAAGUGUUCAGCUGGGGUCGUACUCUAUCGUGUUUAAGUCGCAGUCUUUCUUUUCUGUUCUUUCGUCAAAGUGCGUUGUCUUUUGUGGCACGCUCUCAAAUAGUGACCAUGGUUGUGGGCUCACAAAUCUAAAGUUUACCAAGUAUGACUGCAAGGACUUUCAGCAUAUACGUUCUUCAAAAACAGGUCAUGGUGUUGGGCGAAACGAAAUUGUUUCUCAAGAUAAGCUGAACACUUUUCGCGAGAAGAAAUACGAUUCAACCCAACAGUUCUUCUAUUUAUGUUAAAUUUAAAAUGUUCGAAUGUGAAUGUAUGUGUGAGAGAAAAAUAGAGGAGGGUAUGAAUCUUUCGCGUGUCUGUAAUUAAGUGUCUUUUUAAAAUGUCUAACUUAUGAAAGAUUAUAAUUUAUUUUUGUGCAACUUUGGAAUACGAGAGAUGUGAAUCUGAAGUCUUUAAAUAGACAUUUAUUAGUGGUACCCAAGAUAACGUAAUGAGAAUUUUAUGUGAUAAAAGAACUAUGCCCAUCUGAGUCACAUUACGCGGACCCGGUGGAAUCUUUAAUUGUAGUUUUGGCUUUCGAGUUUGGCUCCAUGCUUCAAGAGCAUUCAAUAUACAGUGUGAGUGUACGUACGCAUUUCCCCCCGCCCACCACCGCAAAAAACAAGUGAUCGUAUAAAACCUGUACUUUAUGAAAGGGGGGGGGGGGACUUUUUCAUGAUCUGCCAGAGGUUGCAUAUAAAACAAAGUGUAACAACAGACGAACCAGAAAAUAAACAAAAUGAGCCGACGAA